UAUCACUAUUAGGCGCCCAAAACGCUAUCUGUUCAAUGCUAUGAUGAUCAUAAAGAAAAUGCUGAAUUGCAAGAACUAGGGAAAAUGAUUUGUGUCCUGUACACCAGUGGCAAACCAUCAAAGAGAGCUGGAUGUAUGUUGUGAGAUCAUUGUUCACCUCACUUACGAUGACAUAUCUAUUUCCCAUAUUUCAAUCUACAUGUGCUCUUUUCUGGAAUGGAUUACGGCCAUAUCAUGUUGAAACAUUUGACAUUUCUGCCCGCCAGUGUUAUGCAGGAGAAACUGUGCGGAAGGGUAUCAUCACACAAGCCGGGGCCCAAAGGAAGGAAGAUAGGCUAUCAGUAAUCCAUCCUCUGUAAAUGAUGCACUACACCUUCUAAUAGGGUGGACUGACUAUCUACCUCAUAUACUCUAUUUACUCUCUCAUGUAACUCUAUCCACUUCCUAUGGCCUUAAUGUCCGGGUGACAGUCUAUCUUCUCCUUGUGGGUUGCACUUGCUGUCAUUCGGCCGUUGAGACUGGCUGUUCCAAUUAGGGGACCACACCAUUAAUGUAAUGGGGCCAUGUAACAAUCUAUCUAUC